CGUUUUAAAAAAGAGUUGCUGCCCUGCAGCUCACUCCAGCCCUUCAAAGAGGUAGUAGAUGUUCCUCCUGUGCCAGCUGACCGACUUUUUGCACCUUCUCUGUCAGUGGGAGAACUUUACGAGAGCGCACAGAGACGAAAUGACUUCACCAGUCCGCUGAUGUUGCGCUGGACCGAGAGUCCUUGAAGUUUCUUUAAAAAAAAAAAAAGUUGUCCUGCAUCUCUCAAACUAUCCAGCGUCUUUGAUCUGCUGGCCAACGAUGGCGCUGGACCACAGGAGAGCAUUUCGUGCCUCCGUUUUACUGACUUGUGUGAUAAUCUGCAGCAACGUGCUAUGUCCCGCCGGUGCCUAUCUCUACAACAACCGCUACGCAGGCGAUCAAGUCUUCAGGAUAACGCCGGGUAAUGAUGAGGAUGUUCGAGCCCUCAAGAAAAUUCUGGGACAUUUGAAGGUGGACUUGUGGCAGCCCAACAGCGCUUCUCUCAUCCAUCAAAAUGCCACAGUGGAUGUCCACGUGAACCGCAAUGACACACAAGGUUUACGGUCACGCUUAAAGCAGGAACGUAUUGAUUAUCGGGUGUUUAUCUCCAAUCUGCAGAAGGAAAUUGAAAAGCAGACGAGGUAUCGCUCCACCCGCAAGCGGAGGUCAGAGGCUCAGUACGACUAUGAGGUUUACCACUCUCUGGAAGAGAUCCAGAGCUGGAUGUUUGAGAUGAACCAAACCCAUCCUGACCUAGUUGACAUGUUCUCUGUUGGGAAGUCAUAUGAAGGACGACCACUUUAUGUUCUUCAGCUAGGAAAGAGAAGUCGUCCCCAGAAGAAAGCCGUGUGGAUCGACUGUGGCGUUCAUGCCAGAGAGUGGAUCGGACCCGCCUUCUGCCAGUGGUUUGUCAAAGAGGCCAUCGGCUCCUACCAGUACGACUCUGUGAUGACACGACUACUCAACCAGCUCAACUUCUACGUCAUGCCUGUCUUCAAUGUGGAUGGAUAUCGUUACAGCUGGACCACGGAUCGGUUCUGGAGGAAGACACGGUCCAAAAAUCACAAAUUCCACUGCAGAGGGGUGGACGCUAACAGAAACUGGAAAGUGAAAUGGUGUGAUGAAGGUGCCUCCUCUCAUCCAUGUGACGACACUUAUUGUGGGCCUUAUCCUGAGUCUGAACCUGAAGUGAAGGCCGUCGCCAAGUUCCUGCGCAAGCACAAGAAGCGCAUAAAAGCGUACAUAUCCAUCCACGCCUAUGCACAAAUGCUGCUUUACCCAUAUUCCUACAAGUACGCCUCGAUCCCCAACUUCAGCUGCGUGGAGUCGGCAGCUCAUAAUGCCGUGACAGCCUUGUAUUCUGCCUAUGGAGUGAGGUAUAGAUACGGACCUGCCUCCACGACUUUGUAUGUGAGCUCCGGCAGCUCCAUCGACUGGGCCUACAGGAACGGGAUCCCCUAUGCGUUUGCAUUUGAGUUGAGGGACACUGGUUACUUUGGCUUCCUCCUCCCCGAGUCGCUCAUCAACCCGACCUGCACAGAGACAAUGAGGGCCGUGAAAGCCAUCGCGUCGGGCCUGCUGAAGAAGUGCGAGACAGACAGGGACAGAUUUCCAUAUAUAUGAGCACACUUAUCUUAACACCUUGUAUUUUUCUGCGAGUUCAUAUUCCUCCCAGACGUUAUCAGGUGAAGAGCUGGAAAGGACCAUCAAAGCACGAAGUUGAAUUGGUUGUCUUGUGUUUUGUUUUUGUUUUUUUUUUUCCUGAGGUUGCUCACCUCAUUUUCCUUUUCUGAUAAGAACAGAUGGUGGUCGGUUUCUUGUGCCAAAAAAACACGGAUCCUAUGAACAACUAUCCUGUUUACAUGCAAUAAUAUCACAUACAGUGUCAGAGAGCAUCUCAGUGGAUCAGUGAGCCUUUAUGUGUCCCUUUUAUAUCCGAUGUCCUGAGCUUGAAUCCUUUCUCGUUACUCACAUUCUACUCUCAAAAAAGAAAUCAAUAAAGCAAUAAGUUUUUGUUUUACGGUAAAUGGUGGUCAUCUGAGCACUUGUAGUGAUAUGGAAGCACUUUUUUUUUGUAAAGAAACAACUUAAUGUCUUCCAAAAAAUGUGUUGUAUUUGUCAACUUUUCAAAAUGGCUGUUUUUAAUGAGUAUAGCUAUUUUUAUUCUGGUUGCUUUUUAUUUUUGAAAUCAAGCUUACCAAGUGCCAGUUUAGAUUUUCAGCUAUAAAGUUAAUGUUUUAAUGCCUUUAUUACUGCAAACUUGUUGGUGUACAUAUUAUGCUAUCAACUGACAACUGAAAUUGAGAUGUUUUUGUUAGGCUUCUUUUUUUAUUUUUCUUCCUCUUUAAUUUGGUUCAGAAAGAAUGACCUGUCACUUCAGUAGCUAACUGUGUCAUUACUCAGGUAUAGAUAAAUGACCGUCAGAAACGUUUACUUGUGACAGGUUAUGUUCUUAAUAUUGUAUUUUUAAAAAAGCAAAAUAUCUGAUUUGAAUAAAUGUUUUAUAACACAUCCUA